AGAAAGGCUGAAGACAAGCCAUCGUGCGGGCGACUUUUGUCCGUCUGCUCCUCUCCUUCUCCUUUUCGAACAGAGAUUCGCCUUUUCAAAAUUCGCUCUCGCGUACAAAAAAGAACCACAAUGGGGCUGACUCGCUACAUCAAUGCCUUCUACUUCCCAAGUUGGCGGAUUUACAGGGGUCAGAGUCCGUCCACUACGGAUCUCGAUCACACAACACAUGUUUUCUAUGCUUUUUUGAGAAUUCGAGACGACGGGAGUGUCUUUCAUCUAGACGCCAAAGCGGAUUUGGAGUAUCCAGCCGAUGGCGUCAAAGGAUGUCUCCACGCAUUCAACACGCUGAAGCGCCAGCGGUAUCCAAACCUCCAACUUCUCGUUUCUGUCGGGGGCGGAAGUGGAAGCCAGCCAUUCAAGGAAGUGGCGAGUCGUGUCGAUCGUCGGGUCCGGCUCGCGCAGGCCCUUCGCGACUUUGUCGAUCGGUUCGAGCUAAACGGAGUAGACCUGGACUGGGAACACCCGUCCAGCCCGGCUGAGGGGCGGGACUAUGUUCUGCUGCUGGAGGAACUGCGCAGGCAUCUUCCGGCUCCCCAAUACGUCCUCACGACCGCUCUCCCAGUGGGCGAGUGGUGUCUGAAACACAUCGACGUGGCAAAGGCUACUGAACACGUAGACUUUCUCAAUCUGAUGUGUUAUGAUUUCGCGGGUCCCUGGACGGAGUUGUCGGGCCACCAGAGCCAGCUCUACGCACCUGCAUCUCCACAUAACGCCUUUUCCAAGCGGUCUGGCCACGGUGCCGUGCAAUACCUGCGCGCGCGGGGUGUCCCCAGCAGGAAGAUUGUGCUCGGGGUCCCCGUCUACGGCCGCUCCUUCUUGGGCGUGGACGGGGUGGGUCAGCGCUUUACCGGCCAUGCCGGCGACGGGGGUACGUUCGAGUAUCGUGACCUGCCCCCGGCCGAUGCGCAGGAGUUUUUCGAUGAAGACCUGGGUACGGCCGGUUCUGUGGGCCCGGAGAGUGGCUUGGUGAGUUAUGAUACCCCCGACACCGUCCGGCUGAAGGCGCAGUAUGUCAGGGCCCAUGAUCUCGGAGGGCUUUUCUACUGGACCGGCGUUGCGGACGUCAGUGGGCCCCGAAGUCUGAUCCAGGCGGGGUAUCAAGUGUUGAGUGGUGUCUAG